AUGUCAUCUGGUGAAUGGGAUUUGCGUGCUCUCAAGGCACUCGAAGAAGAGGAACAAAAAGCAUUCCUCGCGCUUAGUAGAAGAAGCAUAUUCGAGCCCCCAUCCCCACCGACAGGUGAAAGAUUACUGCAACAGACCCAAAAACUGAAGCAGCAGCAAUUUCAACCGAAACUAACCUAUGCGCAACUGUAUCCGCAUAUAUUGAAAUUGCCCACUAUUAAUGAAUGUAAUCUGAUUGCGGCGGCUCGAAGGCGUCAACUUCUUCUGCAGCAACAGAACAUAUCAAGCAAUAACGCAAGUGGCAGACGUUUAAAAUUCACGCGCCCUCUUUCGCUUUCGGCGAAUUCGUUGACAGCACGUAGCAGUGCCCAUGGGAAAAAAGUUGCCGCCUCGAAAUCUAAGGCUCCCAAUGUGCCCCCGAUUAGUAAUUCGGGCUCACCGCCUCGGUCUUUCAGUGCUUCCCCCGUCUACACGCCACCGCCGAUUAGACGAUGCGAAACACAUUAUCAAACCCAGCCGGUACGAAAGGCUUUCAAGACUCUUCAGCAGUUGGAAAAGCAGAAAAAGGAUUGCAAAAUAGAGGCUGGAGAGACGCUGAAACGUGUACUUGGAACUAACAAUACAUACUGGAAGUACGGUGCCAACUCUACUGCCGCUUCGAUCAUUGGCCAACGCAAAAGGUGGAAUUCUUCCUUGGUAGAAAUCGAGUCCAACACUUCUGAUGAGUUUGAUGUAGACUGUGACGAUAGUGCUACUGAGACCGGAUCGUGCACGGUGCCAUUGGCUUCGAACUCGAUCGAAAUGAUGCGUCUUAUGCUGUCGGCGGCCACCGCUGCCGUCACCACUCACAAAACAAAUACACAAGUAGCUGAGGCUGUUACCGAAUGCGUAUCAAAAGAUAUUGAUUAUUUACUUAACGAACGACCGUUGAAUUCUGCAGGCUCAGUGAAUUCGAUAUUAAGUAAUGGAAUGGUAUGUAAAGAACACUCAACCCCCCAAACCACCCCCCCACCGUUGUUCACAGCUAAAAUAAAUGGUGGCAAAAAUGUGGCCCAAAGUGGCUACGGCAGCACAUUUCUUCCAUUAUCAUCGCGUUAUCCCUUAAAAUUACCCGCGCCAUUAUUUACGCCUGAAGAGAAAACUGUUGCUUUUAAAGCUUUUCACGAACAUCAGCGAAGAAAGAGCCUCUCAUACAACGGUGUUCGUACUGCACCGACGCUUCAGCGUGGCAGAAGUUUAGCAGAAACCUCUGUCAAUGACAGUGGCAGCAGCAGUAACAGCCGGUCGUGCACGACAACAGGGCAAAGCGUUCACAGUUCAAGCGUUCGCAAUAUGCUGAAAGCCAACUCGUUGGAUAUGAGUACGCAGUUUGAUGCAGGUUUGAAUGCUGAUGGCGGGAAUUGUACUCUACAAAGUUCCACCUUAAUUACAAAUCCAAUGACUGAUGGCAAGAAAACGGCCUCGACAGCACCAAUAAAAGGACUAGAUGUGCUAUCUAAAUCAACAAUUGACGUAGUCGGAUUAAAUGUACAAGGCCGUUUCGACAAGAAAGUAACGCAACAGCAGCAACAACAACUUCAGAACUUACAUUUACACAGCCAUCCAGAGCUCCCACAUCUUCCCUCGAUGUUAUGCAUCCCAUCAGAUAAUGACGGGAAUUGCCACAACUCAGCGCCAGUGUCCAAUAUGAUGCUGACAGACCAAAAAUCUGUGACAGCACUGGCGUCGCUACAUCAGCAUGUUAUCGAUAAUGAAUUGGAGCAGCAUAUCAAACAUUGCUCUUGCUCAUGCAAUCAUAUGGGAUAUGGGAACUCCAUGGAUUAUCAGUUAAUGAAUACUUAG